AUGUGUAGCAGGUUCCUGCGGCGGCUGCUGGCGGAGAAGAGCUGGCACUCCCCCCGCCCCCCACCCGGGGGGCGCCUCCUGCUUCUCCUGGGAUUCUGCCUUGUGAUGCUGGCUGCCAGUGGGCCUGGAGUCUAUGGCGAUGAGCAGAGUGAAUUCGGGUGUCACACCCAGCAGCCGGGCUGCAAGGCUGCCUGCUUUGAUGCCUUCCACCCCCUCUCCCCGCUGCGUUUCUGGGUCUUCCAGGUCAUCUUGAUGGCUGUACCCAGUGUCCUCUACAUGGGUUUCACUCUGUAUCACGUGAUCUGGCACUGGGAAUUAUCAGGAAAGGGGAAGGAGGAGGAGACCCUGAUCCAGGGAGGGGAGAGCAGCAGAGAUACCCCAGGGGCUGGAAGCCUCAGGCUGCUCUGGGCUUACGUGGCUCAGCUGGGAGCUCAGCUGGGAGCUCAGCCGGUCCUGGAGGGGACAGCGCCAGGGUUGCAGUACCACCAGUAUGGGUUCCAGAUGCCCGGUUCCUUUGCAUGUGGCCAAGAGCCUUGCCCGUAUAGAUUAACCUGCACCUUUUCCCGCCCCUCGGAGAAGAUCAUCUUUCUAAAAGCCAUUUUUAGAGUCAGUGGGUUCCGUCUCUUGUUCACUCUUUUGGAGAUUGUGCUUCUGGGUCUGGGAAGACUGUGUAAGCCCCUGCAGAACUUCCUGGGUGGGGCCUCUUCCUCCAGCCAUGCCCUGGCCCUGAGCAGCAAAAGGAACCUCCAGCAGACACUGGUACACGCCGUGGGAGUCGGGGGUCUUCCAGUAAAGGGAACCACCGAGAUGCUGGACCUCCGAAGUCCUAGAGAAGGCGCCUUGGCCGCAAACGCCAGCCGCACUUCCGGCCUUUGUGGGCCGCUGGGACGGCGGUCUGCGGCUGUCAGUGCUGUUUGUUCUUGCCAGCGGCUGGGUGUGUGGUCACUUGGCGUUUCCAGCACGAGGCCUCUGUCCCUAGGCACUCAGCGCCGGUCUCGGGCUGUUGCGCCCUGGGCGCCGCCUCUCUACAGCCCCACUUUGCUCCCCGAGCCAGCUGGGAAGACUAAAAGGGCGGGGGCUGGGAGCGGCCCAUGGUUAGACCCCUCUUUUCAGGCGUCGUUGGAGCAUGCAGGCUGCAGAUUUCAGGCCGACCCCGCUCUCAUCAAAAUCCAUGCCGCUGGCCGUGGCAGCUCCUUUCGAAAAUGGCCUGGUAGAAAAUCCAGGUUGUUGAACUGGAAAACGCACUCUGCAUCUCUUGACUUGAAGUUUUCAUUAUUCUCCAAUGUGCACUUACCCCCAGUAGAGGGCAAAUGA